ACGGCGUGACUUGACGCUGUUUACCUUGUGAUGCUGCUGUUGAUGACAGACAGAAUAACACGGUUGUGUACUGUAUAUAUUAACCACGAGUGUGGACUUAAACUUAUCUUUACACUACCGUACCUCCAUGAAACAUCAGGUCAACAACGAGAUGUAGCCUAUGAACAUGGCUUAUGAUGAGAGACUUGCACAUUUCCGCCAAACCCGCCUCAAUCCCUUUGACCGUGGAGAGGAAGAAGAUGGUCUCCAUGAAGGCAAGACGCCCCCACAGCAUGAAUCAAGGCCAGAGCUGUUCUCUGGGACCAGAACCCACAGCUCAGAUCGGACCAUGGACCUGGGGCUAGCUGAAGACCACUUCUCAAGGCCUGGUUCAUUUGUGGCCUCGGACAUUGAACAGCUCAAACGGGCCAUAGAGGAGUGUAAAAAACUGAUCCUGGAGCUGCCAGAACACUCAGAGAGACAGAAGGACACUGUGGUGAAACUCAUACACCUUCGUCUCAAACUGCAGGAGCUGAAGGACCCUGAGGAGGAUGAGCCCAAUCUACGGACUUUACUGGAGCAUCGAUUCUCAAAAGAGAAGAGCAAGAGUGUGAAACAGACUUGUGACAAGUGUAGCACUAUCAUCUGGGGCCUUAUCCAGACCUGGUAUACCUGUACAGGUUGCUAUUAUCGUUGCCAUAGUAAGUGUAUGAACCUGAUCAUCAAGCCCUGUGUAAGGUCAAAGGUCAGCCACCAGUCAGCGUAUGAGCUCAGCAUCUGUCCUGAGAUAGGACUGGACCGGCAAGACUACCGCUGUGCCGAAUGUCGCACACCUAUUUCACUGAGGGGCGUGCCAAGUGAAGCCAGACAGUGUGACUACACAGGCCAGUAUUACUGCAGCACAUGCCACUGGAACGACACAGCCAUCGUACCAGCUCGGGUCAUCCACAACUGGGAGUUUGAACCACGAAAGGUUUGUCGGUCCUCGAUGCGUUACCUGGCCCUGAUGAUGUCACGACCUGUGCUGAGGCUGAAAGAAAUCAACCCACUGCUGUUCAACUUUGUGGAGGAACUGGUCGAGAUCCGGAAACUUCGACAAGACAUUCUGCUGAUGAAACCUUAUUUCAUUACUUGUAAGGAGGCCAUGGAGGCUCGGCUAUUACUACAGCUUCAAGAUCGGCAGCACUUUGUAGAGAACGAUGACAUGUACUCAUUGCAGGAUUUGAUCGACAUUUCCAGUGGCAGACUCAGCUGCUCCCUCACAGAGAUACACACCACAUUUGCAAAGCACAUCAAACUUGACUGUGAUCGUUGUCAGGCCAAAGGAUUUGUAUGUGAGCUGUGUAAAGAGGGAGACAUCCUGUUUCCUUUUGACAGUCACACCUCGGUCUGCUAUGACUGCUCUGCCGUCUUCCACAGAGAUUGUUACUAUGACAACUCCACAACAUGCCCUCGAUGUGCUCGGAUGACCGAUCGCAAGCAGGACGACGAGUCAGAUGUGAAAGAUGCUUAAGUCUGAAGACGACGGCAGGAUGUUGCACUUUGCCUGGUGUUGUUCUCUGCUCUGAUUGAGGACUAGCUUCCCGUCUUGGUUUGUUUUGUGCAUUGGUUUAGACUGUGGCGUCUUAAUGUUACUGGGUUAACCAUAAUGAAGCAGGGUACCCAAAAGCCCACUUGAAAAUUAAUAUAAAUGUAUUUUUUAUCAAACUUUUUACAUCAUACUGAAAUUGGAUGAACUGAACACUGUGUAUGUGUGUUUGUGUGAGUGUCUGCUGAUAUAAUUGUAAAACAUAAAUGACCUGUUAAGACAAGCCACAAUAUCAGUAGGUGAUUAUGCACGUUACAAAUCUCGGCUGUGAUUACCUAUACUGCCAACUUAGCUGAAUAGUUAACCAUAAGGUUAUAUAUAUAUUUAGUCAGUGCUUUUAAGUUUUAAAAACUAUAACUAUAUUUACCAGAAAUCUGCAUUUCAGCUACCAAAUGUAUAUUUUUCUUUAAGAAAAUCCUGAGUGAGCAACCUUGCACUUCCCUGCAAUUUACAAGCAUCAAUCUAUUGUUCAGUGUUAGUUAGUUUGAUGCAGAGUGUGUAACUAGUUAACAGUAAGACACUGAUUCAAACUGAUAGAUGAUAUGAUCAUAACUUCACUUUAUUUUUUUCUGCUCUUUAAACAUUCCAUUAUCAGUUCCAUCCCCGUUAAAUCACAGUUCCCUAAAGCAGCAUCUGUUCUCCCUUCAUUUGUGUUACCUGCCUUUUUCUUUUCAGUCAUAUUCUGUUGUUCGGCUAUAAUUGUAAAAGUUAAAAAAUAUAUUUUCAGGUUGUGGAGCCAUAUUUAAAUUCCUCUAUUAAGUUAUCUUGUAGUGAAGGCAUGAGAUUUAUGAAAAGCCAACAUGGAUACUAAAAAAAACAAAACUUUUACGGCUUGCAGUUAUUUGACAAAAAAUGUGCAAAUGAAAACCAUAAUGUGAAAUAUACAUACCCGGAACAUAUAUCUGCAACAGACAAAGCAUGCAUCAUCAGUGCAUUCUCUAGAGUGUAGAACCAGUUAACAAAAAGAAAAUGUGCUUUCCUUGUGUUGAAUACUGUGAACUCCUUGUAGUCAGUCUGAUCUGUCUUUAGUCAGGUUCAGUUUAGUGCACUGUGUAACAAAUCGAUGUGAAUGUUGUGUGCCUCUGUUUGUCAGGUUACUUGCAGCUGUUAAACAAGCCUCUCAGUACACUAACCAUCAUGUUAAUGGCUUUAGUCUUAAAGUUCCUCUUGCACAUGAUGUUGAUCAUGUUCAGAGAUAACAAAGAUGCUAUGUGACACCUUUGACCAUGUGUAAAAGUUGAAUUAAGUAUUUGUUUUAAAAUAAUCAGUUUUGGCUGUGUUAUCUUUCAGCAUGAUGCAUUGUAUUUUUUUUUUUCAUUCAAACUAAUGGACAGAUAUGGCUUCUGUAAGAGCCAUGCCCUGUUAGAAAUCAUGGAGUAAUGCAUGAAUAAAUAUAUAAAUGCAUUAAA